AUGUCAAGUUCGGUGACAGCGUCGCAAGCCAAGGUUAAUGAACUUUUGGAGGCUAUUCGACAGGAGUUUAAUAAUGUGUCGCAAGAAGCAACCACUUAUCGUCUACAGAAUCAGAAGGACUAUGAUUUUAAGAUUAGCCAGCAAUUGGCUGAAAUGCAACAAAUUCGGAAUACUGUGUAUGAGUUGGAGCUAACUCAUCGGAAAAUGAAGGAUGCUUAUGAAGAAGAGAUUAAUCGUCUGAAGCUGGAAUUAGAGCAGCGGGACCGUCAGUUGACGCAAUAUGCACAAGGUUCCUCUGUUCCAAUUCCACAACCUGCUGCUGCGGCUGCUGCUGCUGCUGCCGCGGCAGCAGCCGCUGCUUCUCCAGCUCCUGCGGUAGUCGGCACGACUGGAGCUACUGCAUCCAACACGCUACCUUCUAUUGGGGGGGGUGUCGCUGGCUCUAACGUUUUACCCAAGUCGAACACCAUUUCAUCUCCACAACACCACCAUGCUGUUCCAGGUAGUGGGCUGCCCCCACAGUCGUUAGGUUCUGCUCCAAUGGCUCCUAUGGGUGCCCAUCAGCACUUACCACAACCCCAUGCUGCAGUGUCAUUGCAGCCUGGUCAGCCGACUGCCGUAACUGUGGAUGCACAACAGCAGCAAGAACAGGCCCCCUCCUCUGUGGUUCCGCAUCAGGACCCAUCAAAUGAUCACUACUUAGUUCCUUACGAUCAAAGGUCAGUUCAUUCUAAGCCCAUUCCAAGUUUUCUGGUAGACUUGGAUUCUCAGCUCGUUCCCGCUCAUUUGAAGAGGCAAACACCAGAGUACUACGUGUUAUACAACCCGGCUUUACCACGUGAUCUCGAUGUUGAUCUGCACCAUUCUUUAGACCAUUCCAGUGUCGUUUGCUGUGUUAGGUUUAGCAAUGAUGGUGAGUACUUGGCUACUGGCUGUAACAAAACUACUCAAGUCUACAAGGUCUCGACGGGUGAAUUGGUAGCCAGACUUUCUGAUGAUUCUGUGAGUGGAAUCAACAACGAGUCUUCUAGUGUGGUUGCUGGUAAUGGUGCAACCGAAAAGGGUGACGAAAGUUCUGCUACUAUUCAACCAGGCUCUUCCUCUGACUUGUAUAUUCGUUCCGUUUGCUUCUCCCCAGAUGGAAAAUACUUAGCUACUGGUGCGGAGGACAAAUUGAUUCGUAUCUGGGACUUAUCAAGUAAGAAGAUCUUGAUGACUCUACAAGGGCAUGAACAGGAUAUCUACUCUUUAGAUUAUUUCCCUGCCGGUGAUAAGUUGGUAUCUGGCUCUGGUGACAGGACGGUUAGAAUAUGGGAUCUCAGAACUGGUCAAUGUUCUUUGACUCUAUCCAUUGAAGAUGGUGUCACCACCGUCGCUGUAUCUCCAGGAGAUGGAAAAUAUAUUGCUGCAGGGUCCUUAGACCGCACUGUUCGCGUUUGGGACUCGGAAACUGGAUUUCUGGUCGAAAGAUUGGAUUCCGAAAACGAAUUGAGCACUGGUCAUAAGGACUCCGUUUACAGUGUGGUAUUUACUAGAGACGGACGAAGUGUGGUCAGUGGAUCUUUGGACAGAUCGGUAAAAUUAUGGGAUUUACGUGGAUUAAACGGUCAGAAAUCUCACGCUACCUGCGAAGUUACUUAUACAGGACAUAAAGAUUUUGUGCUUUCUGUUGCAACAACGCAAGAUGACGAAUACAUACUUUCUGGUUCCAAAGAUCGCGGUGUCUUGUUUUGGGAUACUGCCUCUGGGAAUCCAUUGUUAAUGUUGCAAGGACACCGCAACUCUGUUAUCUCUGUUGCUGUUGUAAACGGAUUUCCAUUGGGCCCUGAUAUUGGCGUAUUCGCUACUGGUAGUGGUGACUGUAAAGCAAGAAUUUGGAAGUAUACUAAGAAGACUAGUUCCUCCUCAACAGCAGGUAAAGUCAAAGAAGUUAAGGAAUAA